AUGCUGUCUGUCGCGGUUUCCGCAAGGAGCUUUUCAUCUCUCGCACGCCCAUGUCGUCGCGCCCAGCCCCUCACGCGCCGAUGCAGUGUCCCCACCGCUCUCCCUAGUAGUACUACCGCUUCCGCGCCUUCGUCCGCUUCCGCGUCCGCUUAUUCCGCUUCUUCCGCCUCCGCCGCCGCUUCUCGCUUCGCCGCCCGUUUGUCCUCAUUCUCCUCCGCGCAUAUCCCGUCGUUCCAAACUCCCGUACAACCAUCGCUGCAAGCGGAGAAAACAUCCUCGUUGGUAACAGUCAUGAGCCACCAGCAGCAUCGCCGGCAACAUCACAGCGGCCGGCAAGGCGAAAAAAGCGGGCGUCAGAUCCACCAGGAAAACUCCCAGCAGCAAGCAGAAAGCGCACGCGCGGCCGCCUUCCCGGUUUCUAUAGCUGACGGUCGCCGGUUCCACAACCUGCUAGCCGACUAUGACCCCUCCCAGGCUGCUGUAGCGCAAGUGGAACGAAGGGCUCGGGAGUUAGGGGUCCCUGCAGGCGGAGUGACUGUAACGGGGGAAGGCGGAGUGAAUGUAACGGGGAAAACAGGAGUGACUGUAACAGGGAAAGGGCGGGGAGAAGAGAGCAGGGUGGGUUCGUCGCUGCCAGGUGUCGGGCCGUCAUUGGCUGUUCCGUCUGAGGAGGAGUUUCUGCGAGCGGGUUUGGAGCUGAAAGAUCAGAUAGUGCAAGCCACAUGGACGAACGGAGCGCCAGCUCGCAGGGUGCGGGACCCGUUCCUCUAUGUGGGCCUGCUGGGGACAGCGUGGGUGUGCUUCAGAGCAUAUCAGGCCACAGGCGAUGUUUCUGACCUGGCACUUGCUGCGGACAUCAUCCGGGCUGCUGCUGACAUGGCGGAACGCCAUCGAACGCAUUACACCUUCUACUGUGGUCAACCGGGCAUUCUUGCAUUGGGAGCUGUCAUGCAUCAUCAUCUCAUGCACCACUCGCAGCAGCAACCGCAGCAACCUUUGCACCAACACCAGCAGCAGCAGCACGAGGAGCUCGAAUCCAAUCCCUACCUCCGCUCCUUCCUCUCCCUCCUCACCUCCUCACUCCCCUCGCUCUCCCUCCUCCCCUCCUCCCCCACCGACACUGCACCAGCCACCAUCCCCCACGAGCUACUGUACGGGAGAGCAGGCAUGCUCUGGGCCUUCCUGUUCCUGCGCAGGAACCUUCCUGUGGAUAUGCGAAGGAAUCUUCUUCCUUUGUCUCUCGCCCGCCCCAUUGCUGCUGCCAUUGUGGAAGCGGGGCUGUCCCUUGCGUCGACGUAUGCUCAUGAUGGAAGUCCCCUCCCGCCUCUCAUGUACGAGUGGUACGGCACUCGGUACCUGGGGGCAGCACACGGCGUGGCAGGGAUAGUACACGUGCUGCUGCUGCUACGGAGAGAAGAACUGGAGGAGGAGGCGGAACUGGAGGAAGUGGGGAAGGAGAGGGGUGCAACAGCAGGCGUCAGGGAAGCAGCAGUGCUAGGAGGCAGUGCGAGGGAAAGGGGAGACUGGACACUGGAGGAGGCAGCAGAAGCAGCAGCAGCAGCGCUGGAAUACCUAGUGGCCACUCGCCUGCCUUCCGGGAACUAUGCUGCGAGCGAUGAGGAGAGCCGAGCGGCUGCUGCUGCAGUCAGAAACACACUCAAACGAGAAAGCAGUGCUGCUGCUGCUGCUGCUAGGGGUAUCGCGGGUGGGGGUGGAAGCACGGGCGAGGGAGAGGUGAGGGGGGUGCAAGAGGCAGAUCGGUUGGUGCACUGGUGCCACGGAACCCCUGGUGUGGCUCCCACUCUCGCCCAUGCUGCUAUGGUGGGCCCCUUAGCUCAUGCGUCUGAAGUGAUUAGACCUCGAUCUGUUGGCACUCAGUCCGUUCUUUUGGCCAUGAACCGCUCAAUUCCAGAGCUCAUCCUUUCCUCUGCCCUUAAUGCCCUCUCCUCCUUACACCAGCUGUUUCCGUCCAAGCCCCAGUUGCUGCAAGCAGCCAUCGAGGCAGGAGAGGUUGUUUGGCACCGAGGCUUGCUACGCAGGGUCGGUCUCUGCCAUGGCAUCAGCGGCAACGCCUACACUUUCCUGGCUCUCCACCGAGCCACAACUGCAGGCUCGGCAACCGUCCCUGCCCCAGGUUUGGGAUCAGCUGCUGCCGAGGGCGCUGGAGCUUCUAUGGCUGCCACUUCAGCAUCGCCCGGAGCUCAGACAGCAGGAGACAAUGACACAUCAGCGCUGAUGACACGUCACCUGCACAGAGCACGCGCAUUUGCUGGCUUCCUGCAUGCCAACUGGCGCCAGCUGGCGGAGGCAGGCACCCUGCACUGCGGGGAUCACCCGUUCUCCCUCAUGGAAGGUCUGGGUGGCCCUGCUUGUCUGUUUCUGGACAUGAGCCGACCCAAUGAAGCAAGGUUUCCAGGGUACGAGCUGUAG